AUGACGCUCGAACCCUCGUCGUACCCAGAUUUCGACGACCUGCCCAAGGUCGAGGGCAUGCCGCAGGGCUGUGCCUGGGGCGUCUUUGAUCGCGACGGGCAAAAGGACCUCGUCGGCACGCUCAACUUUCUCACCCCGGCCGUCGUCAAGGCCGCCGCCGCAGAGGUCAAGGACGGGGUGUCCAUUUCUCUCAAUUGGCCCCUCGACGGCCUCGCCAAGCUAGGCAUCCCCGGCCGCAAACCCCCCCGGCACACCGUCCUCUACCUCCCCGACACCAUGCCCGGCAUCCCCCCCGAGGCCAGCAGCUGGGACGACGAGCUCGACUUCAACACGCAGUCCAGCAGCCAGUGGGACAGCCUGUGCCACGUCCAGCACCUCCCCUCGGGCCUCGCCUACAACGGCCUCCGCCCCGACGCGCGCGCCCUCGCCGCCGCCUCCACCGCCGAAAACGACAUGCCUACCCUCGACCACUGGCACGCCCGCGGCGCCCUCGCCGGCCGCGGCGUCCUGCUCGACUAUGCCGCCUUUGCCCGCGACACGGGCCUCUCCUUUGGCCCCUUUGACGGCACCGCCAUCUCCGUCGCCCAGCUCGAGGCCUGCGCCCGCCACUUUGCUGUCGACUUCCGCCCGGGCGACGUCCUCGUCGUCCGCACCGGCGCCACCGAGUUCGUCGACGGCCUCUCCCAGCAAGAGGCCGCCCGCGUGGCCCACACCUUUCCCCGCCUCAGCGGCAUCGAGGGCUCCCCGGAGAUGGCCAGGUGGCUCUGGAACAAGCGCUUCACCGCCGCCGCAUCCGACAGCGUCGCCCUCGAAGUCUUCCCGCCCAUCAAUCCCGACGGCACGCGUGCCGGGAUGGAGAACCCAGUUCUCCACCAUUACAUGCUCGGCCUGUUUGGCAUGCCCAUAGGCGAGCUCUGGGACCUCGGCAAGCUGUCGCAAUACUGCCAAAAGACCAAGCGCUACUCGUUUAUGAUUACCUCGGCUCCUCUGAACCACCCGUGCCUCAUUGCCUCGCCCCCAAACGCUCUCGCCAUCUUCUAG